AUGCGCGUUCACGCUUUUCCUAUUGUUGCGGCCGCUAAUGUGGCUCUUGCUUUUGCUGACACGAGCACCAAUGCUCUUGAAACAGCGCAGAACUCUUCGGUUGCUAGCUCCAGAAAUGACUCGGUUUCUUUGUCACUUCCAACUGUUGAGCUUAACUACACCACGGUCCAGGCCGUCGGUGGAAACACUACCGUCGGAUAUUACAAGUAUCAGAACAUCCGGUUUGCCAAGGUGCCAACAGGCAAUCUUCGUUUUGCUGCACCCGAAUGGCCUGACGUUGAGACGGAGACCAAUACCGGCACGAACCUUGCUGACCCCGAUGUUAACUGCUCAUCCGACGAGGACUGUUUGUAUCUCGAUGUAUGGGCCCCUGCUGACGCCACUGAACGCAACCUGCCGGUAGUUGUAUGGACGUAUGGUGGUGAUUUUACGGGCGGCUCCAAGUCUCAGGACACGCCUGAGGGUCUUUUCGAUCUUUCCACCGACUUUGUCUUUGUUGCGUAUAACUACCGUCUCGGUAUCACCGGACUGGCCUCAGGUCCCACUUACCAGCACGAAGGUGGCGAUGCCAAUCUGUGCGUGUGGGACUCGAUGCACGCGUUCGAGUGGGUGCAAAGGUACAUCAGCAACUUUGGCGGCAACCCGCACAACGUAACGGCCGUGGGGUUCUCUGCGGGUGGCUUGCAGGUCCUGUUCCAGAUGACCCGUUUCGGUGGCAACGUCCCUCAGCUUUUCCAGAAGGCAUAUUUAAUGUCGUCAGACUACAUUCCGGGCGCAGAUCACGACCACGUUGAACAAUUCUGGCAGAAUGUGUCGUCCGCGGUUGGAUGCGAAGGGGGUCACCUCGACUGUAUGCGUGAGGUAGACUUCACCAAUCUUACCGAUGCAACGAACAAUGUUGUCAAUGAGUAUACUUAUGUAUGGCAGCCUCGCGCGGACGGCUUCAUCAUCACGGACACUUACGAGGCUAACCUGUACCAGGGUCAAUUCAAUUUCUCAGGUCCGUGUGUGAUCACGCACGAGCAACACGAGGCAAACUCUUCGGCGUACGACGGCAUCAAGAACCAUGAGGACAUCGCAACAUAUCUGCGUAUUUCCUUUCCCGGUGUCACGGAUGACGUGAUUGAGAAGCUGCUGGAAAUGUAUCCGGAGGACAACUACGAAAGCGCUGGUCUUCGCUUUUUUGACAUGAAGCAGUUGUUUGACUCAACGGGCAACAAUCUGGCUUUGACAUAUGCUUUGAAUAAUCAGACCUGGAACGCUGAGGUUGCACUCGGUACGGCCACGCACGGCACUGACCAGAAAUACUACUGGUACAGCACGUACAAACUCUCAACCUUAUUGGAUAGCACCACCACGACCACAACGGGUUCAGGCUCCUCUAAUACCUCGACAAUCUUUGUUCGUGAUGCCAACGAAACGGCAGUAACGGACACCAAUUCCUCUGGCAAUGCAAGGAUCACGGGCGAUAGCUCGUCGGUAAACGCAACGAUUGCAAUUAUGAUGCAGAAGUAUCUCCUUUCUUUCGUGCUUACUGGGAAUCCCAAUGCCAUGUGGGCGGAAGACAAGAUCUAUUGGCCGCUAUACAACGAGUCGGCUUUAGGCGCUCAAAUCGUGUUCAACGAUACGUUCACGGUUGAGAACGAUGAUGAUCGGACCAAUUCAACGCACUUAUUUUAA